UUCAUAUCAUAAUAUAUGUCGAUAAUGGAAGCUAGAUAUGAUAACAUGGUUCUUAAUUCAUUUGAUGGUCACAAGUUCCCGGUUACUACAAAUGAAAAUAGGUCUUCUAUGAUCGACGAAAUGGAUUUCUUUUCACGAAGUAGUACGGGUUCUUCCAAGGAUUUAUCGAACAUCAAUGUUAAAGAAGAGAAAGUACUACAUAAUGAGGAAGUUCAUCAAGAACUUCAACUUAACUUAAAUGUUGGUUCGAGUCUCAUGACAACAAAUAGAACUAGCUUCAAUGGCAAUAAUGGUGUAUCUUCACAUACAAAUAACCAAACUGCUCACAAGCUGGCUAGUUUACACUCCGAAUUGGAGAAGAUGAAGAGAGAAAACGAAGGUUUACGAUCCAUGGUUAGUCAAGUUAAAGAAAAAUACCUUUUCCUACAAAGGCAUGUCCAAGAAACCAUCGUAACCGGCGAAUUCAAAGAGAAUAUUAAGAUGACUAAUGUGGUGAAAGAGGACACACAACAAAGCUUGUUGGUUCCUAUGGAAUUCAAGAAUCCUAAUCACGUAACAAAGCUUGUAGUUGAUAGUAAAAAUAUGAUGAUGUUGCCUUCAAGUGUCGAUAGCCCGGUUAACAAAUUCGAUUCACCAAAGGAUAGCGACCGAGGAGUAGCUGAAGCAACGAUGAGAAGGGCUCGUGUGUCAGUCCGAGCUCGGUCAGAAGCAUCCAUGAUAUCAGAUGGUUGUCAAUGGAGGAAAUACGGGCAAAAGAUGGCAAAAGGGAAUCCAUGUCCUCGAGCUUAUUAUCGUUGCACCAUGGCCGCGGGUUGCCCAGUCCGCAAACAAGUACAAAGAUGUGCAGAAGAUAGGACGAUUUUAACCACGACAUACGAAGGCACACACAACCAUCCGUUGCCACAAGCCGCGAUGGCAAUGGCUUCCACCACCUCGGCCGCGGCCUCUAUGUUACUCUCUGGGUCCAUCUCAAGUGCCAAUCACCUCAACUACCAAUUCGCCGCCGGAUCCACACUUUCCUCUUGCCAUCCGAAUCUCACCACCACCCUCUCAUCCACAGCUCCAUUUCCUACAAUCACAUUAGACCUCACAAACCCUAAUCCGGCCGAAAACCACUUCCCAAGGCCGCAACCACCCUACUUUCCUUUUUCAACAAACAUGCCACAUCCUAAUAAUAAUAAUAUCAGUUUUCCCAAUAGACCAUUAGUUUUGGGGCAGUUUCCUAGUCAAGAGUACAAUAAUGCAACUAAGUUCUCGGACCUCCAUAGCUCGUCGGCGGACCAAGAGCUCAUCAUGAAUGCAGCUACGGCAGCUGUCACGUCGGAUCCGCAAUUCAUGGUUGCUUUAGCAACAGCCAUUGGCUCCAUUCUUGGGAAUGACAACCAUAAGAGUAGUAGUACCAGCGGCGGUAACAAUGUUAGCGAUAAUGAUAAUAAUUUCGAGAGAAAUUAGAGUUGCCAAAGACUGUACAUUUUGUGAAAAAGAAAAAGGAAGAUAUUGUAUCUUGUUUUGAGAUCGAAAUCAUGCAACUAUAAGUAAUUAAAAAUAUAUCCCUAUAUUGAUCAUA